AUGGCAUUGAACAAUUUGACCGCUAUCAACGCAACAAUGCGAGCCGUUGUUUGGCAGGGCAAUCCCUAUAAUGUUGCGGUCGUCGAUUUGCCAAUGCCUACAAUUAUCAACCAAACCGAUGCGAUAGUUCAAAUGUCCAGAGCCGCAAUCUGCGGCUCGGACCUGCACAUCUAUCGAGGAACAAACGAGGGCAUGCCAGCCCCAUUUGGACUUGGUCACGAGGGAGUAGGCUAUGUAUCCCAAGUUGGGGCUGGUGUUGGCUCCCUGAAAGUCGGAGACCCAGUCAUCGUUCCCUUCACUGUUGACGAAGGACACCUGCACGCGGAUCUUACCUCCCAGAUGUAUGCUGGGUACGGUAAUGGUGGUGAUAUAGGUGGAACACAGGCCGAAUACCUGCGAGUUCCCUUCGCCGAUAACGGUCUGAUUCCAAUUCCUUCUCUGGAAUAUACCAAUCCGACCACCAACGAAUCCGUCUCUCUGAUAAACGACUAUGUUAUGCUGUCUGACAUAUUCGCUACCGGUUGGGCGUCACUCGAUUACGCCGGUUUCCAACCCGGCGAUACCGUUGCCGUGUUUGGCGCCGGGCCUGUAGGCCUAAUGGCCGCAUACUCUGCCAUCCUGCGAGGCGCAUCAAACGUCUACAGCGUGGACUACGUGGACGAUCGACUGCAACUCGCCGAAUCUAUUGGAGCGAUUCCAAUCAAUUUCCAAGAUGCCGACCCUGUAGAUCAGAUACUAGCACGCGAGCCGGAUGGCGUUGCCAGAAGCGUCGAUGCAGUUGGGUAUGAACAGGUCAAUAGAAACUUGACUGUGCAAUCGGAUGUCAUCAUACGCAACAUGCUCGCUGUGACAUCUACGGGCGGUGGCAUGGGAACUGUCGGGGUUUAUAACCAUGAAUCGAACAAUACGGCAACUGCACCGCGCGCUGCUACUGUGCAUACUGACAUCAAUUUCUCCUUGUCGGAUUUCUUCUUUGGCGAAUUCACAUGGGGGGCUGGACCUUCGAAACCAAUUGAGCUCGCGCCAAAGCUUGUGCACCUCGUUGCAUCGGGUAAAGCAAGCCCUGGAUUCAUCGUGAGUGAUGUGAUCAAUAUAGAAGAAGCCCCGGAGGCAUAUGCGAGGUUUGAGAGACACGAGACAACAAAAGUUGUCAUUGCCUUUGAUUGA